AUGGUGAAUCUUGCUACUGUCAAAGGAAGACGAUCAUUUGCUCAUGUUCAAUCAGAUAUCCCCUCUCUAGACCACAUGGUAGGCCUUACUACUAAUGGUAUAGUCGAUGUUCAAUCUGUACCUGGAACCACCAAUGGCUCAGAAGCAGUCAUAGCUGUAUACAUACACAAGCAUCUACUGCAUAGUCCCAAUUCCCAUGUGGUUGUUAUUGAUUGUCUUCAUCCAUUUGCCAUGAACCUUGUACGACAGCAUAGUCAGUUUGAAACGGACAAUUGGUCCGAUAGAAUCCAUUGGUAUCACGAAAUCAAGUUUGUACAACUAGAAUGGUUAUUUGGUGAGUUAUUGGCAAACCCCUCGGCUCGUUCAGAUAUACUUGUAGUGGUCAAUUCAUUCCAUGAAGCUUGCACGUUAUACCGAAACCUGCUAGUGCUGCGAUCUAAGGAGACCCUUCUUCAAUUCCAGUCUUCCAGAAAUGAAACGUUGAUCCGAGGGUUGGAUCGGUUCAAAGAAGAAGGAGCUAUUCCCAAGGUAUCUCUGCUCCCAGCAGGUUCAGAGCUUUUGAAAGUGAGUCCAGCCUCGAAAUUCGACAGUCAUUUGAUCCAUUUAUUGAGUAAUAUGUCACUGGUGGCGUAUUCUAAGAAUCUGUUGGUUAUAUUGCAUGGUACUAUGGAUGUUGGUUGGAGAUCUUUUGAGCCAGUGGAGACUAUCACCCAAACAAUGGUGUCAACGCAACCAAGGCCAUCUUCAACGCAAUCAAGAGUCUCUACACAACCUACACCUUCGUCAACUCAACCAGUGUCUUCAUCAUCUCAACAAGUAUUUGCUGGGACUCCAUCAGCUAGACUCACGUUCGUGUCUUCAUUCUUAAAGACACCUGCUGUCAAUGCGUACAUCUCCAAACGAUUGCUAUUCUACAAGGAUUGGUACCAUAGAACUGUUCAUUUCACUAAACGGUUUCAAGUUGACUCUUCAUCUCAUCUUCAAUUGGAUCCUCAACAACUACAUUCAGUUUAUGGGGUUGCAGUGUUUAAUCAGAAUGUCUCGGGAUCAAAACACAUUGGGUAUGUUAACUUUGAUUUUGAUAGCCCCUUCUACCGCAAAUUUGGUUCCAAAUCUUCAGUUAGUGAGUCCAAUUGGUCCUUCAUAGAUCUUAAUGAUUAUCAAUGUCCCAUGGCGAACCCCAUUUGGAGUGACAGUGACAAUGAUGAUCAUGAUGAUGGUACUACCACUACAGCCAUGCGUAUACCACCAUCUUCUCCUACGCUCGAGACUACAGUUGAGCGUGGUGAUGAUUCCCAACUCAUAGGAGAUUCUGAAGAGGAAGAGCUCUUGUGA